GGUAGUAAUGACUCUUCCCUCCCCCGGGAGAGCCGGCGAGCAUUAAUAAAUCUCUAAGCAGAGGAGGAAACUCUGGCUGGGGCAGUGCGUGCAGCUCCGGCGGAGCGUUGGGGGAAAACGGCGGUGCCUAAGGCAGGAGCAGCCUAGCUAGCAAAACACACCAGGGGCAACAAACCGAGAGGAGCCCUCUCUCUCGUAAACACACUCCCCUCCUCGGUCACUUGCUCCGGGUGCCGCGCGCCCGCCUGCUUUGGCGCCAGAGAAGGCUCGGACUGCUAUGUAACGUCGAGGCUGCGGGAGGAGGAGGAAGGGGUGUUGGGAGAAGAGCCUUGGGGCCAAGUUUGCGGGUCACUUCGGCAGGCGCCUUCUUAGCCUUCGCCUGUUCCUUCUUGUAGCCUAGCUGGCUUGGGUGCCCUUGGUCUUCUCCGGCUCCCCAGCUGCUGUGCUUUGCCGGCGACAUGGUGACGAUGGAGGAACUGCGGGAGAUGGACUGCAGCGUGCUCAAGAGGCUGAUGAACCGAGAUGAGAACGGCGGCAGCGCGGGCAGCAGCGGCGGCAGCCACGGCGCCCUGGGGCUGCUGAGCGGCGGCAAGUGCCUGCUGCUGGACUGCAGGCCGUUUCUGGCUCACAGCGCGGGCUACAUCCGAGGCUCGGUGAACGUGCGCUGCAAUACCAUCGUGCGGCGGAGGGCCAAGGGCUCCGUGAGCCUGGAGCAGAUUCUGCCCGCCGAGGAAGAGGUGCGCGCCCGCCUGCGCUCUGGCCUCUACUCGGCUGUCAUCGUCUACGAUGAGCGCAGCCCGCGCGCCGAGAGUCUCCGGGAGGACAGCACAGUGUCGCUGGUCGUGCAGGCGUUGCGCCGGAACGCGGAGCGCACAGACAUCUGCCUGCUUAAAGGUGGCUAUGAGAGGUUUUCUUCUGAGUACCCAGAGUUCUGCUCUAAAACCAAGGCCCUGGCCGCCAUCCCACCCCCCGUACCUCCCAGCACAAAUGAGUCCUUGGAUCUGGGCUGCAGCUCCUGUGGGACCCCACUGCACGACCAGGGGGGUCCUGUGGAGAUCCUUCCUUUCCUCUACCUCGGCAGUGCCUACCACGCUGCCCGCAGGGACAUGCUCGAUGCCCUGGGGAUCACGGCUCUACUGAAUGUCUCCUCAGACUGCCCCAAUCACUUUGAGGGACAUUACCAGUACAAGUGCAUCCCGGUAGAAGAUAACCACAAGGCUGACAUCAGCUCCUGGUUCAUGGAAGCCAUCGAAUACAUAGACGCAGUGAAGGACUGCCGAGGGCGAGUGCUGGUUCACUGCCAGGCCGGCAUCUCUAGAUCAGCCACCAUCUGCCUGGCCUACCUGAUGAUGAAGAAACGGGUGAGGCUGGAGGAGGCUUUCGAGUUCGUCAAGCAGCGCCGUAGCAUCAUCUCGCCCAACUUCAGCUUCAUGGGCCAGUUGCUGCAGUUCGAGUCUCAGGUGCUCACCACGUCCUGCGCUGCGGAGGCUGCCAGCCCUUCCGGGCCCCUGCGGGAGAGGGGGAAGGCCACUCCCACCCCCACCUCGCAGUUCGUUUUCAGCUUCCCGGUGUCCGUGGGUGUGCACGCGGCUCCCAGUAACCUGCCCUACCUGCACAGCCCCAUCACCACCUCCCCCAGCUGUUAGGACUAGUCACGGGACACCGAGUCCAGAGUCGGCCCCAGCCAGUGUGCAAGCCGCGUGUGAGGAGCGAAUAGGGACUGACCAGUGGGGGAUCAGGUGACCGUGGUCCGUCCCCAUCCAUUUCUCCUUGGCCGACCACCGGGCCAGCUAGGAUGGCAAUAACUAUGACUUUGAAUACACAUUUAAAACAAACACAGCUACACACCCACAGCCUAGAGCAAUAAGAGCAGCUUCCGCUGCCAGAGAAGACUUGGAUUCUGUGUCGGUUUUUCCUUUGCAGGUAGAAAUUUACCUCAUUAUUAUUAUUAUUAUUAUUAUUUAAAGCAAUCAAGCUUGAAAGUUAUGAAGCCCACAGAUCCUGGCAAACGUGCCCAGCCAGUUUUAUUGAGUGGAGAGGGAAGGAGGAGAAAGUUGAGUUUGCCAGAAAAGUGCCUGGUUCUGUGUGCUUACUCUUCUGUUGUUGGACUCACAGCAGUUUUGUUCUAGAUCCUUCUAGGCCACAGUAUUCUGGUUAGCCGUCAACUGGAUAAUUGAUGUUUAAUGAGUAUUGAGAACCUGAGCAUAUGUGUGUGUGUGUGCGUGUGUGUGCAGGAGUCUGGUGACUUUGGGAUAUGUUUCUGUUGAGGUCACACACAGAGACACACAGCUGUGCUGGCGGUGAGGGGAGUGGUGGGUAGGUGGUCGCUGGGGUCACCGUCUUGAAUCGUUGCCACUGAGAAGCAGGCAGGGUGACUUGCAAGGAACAAGGUUGGUCACUUUUUGCAGCUGGUUCCUGGGCCCACUGACCCAGCCGGGCAAGCUUUUCUCUCUAGUUUGACUGCGGGUAGAGCAUUUGGCCUAGGAUCUGGAUAUCGUCUGGGGAAAUGCCAUCUUUUCUAAGGUGCUCCUGGAAAACUGGGUGCAAUUCAGAUUUUCCUACCGUGAAUCAUUUUGGUAAGGCCAGCUCAGAACCAGAUCACUGAAGAUGAACUAAAAAUGAAUCUCCUCUUGGCGUUGAUCUCCCUCCCUCCCUCGGAUAAAUUGGGCGUUUCAGUUCUAGGAGUUUACUUGAAGUAUACAUACCAAGAAAUUCUUGUUACGAAAUCCCUGUCAAGUGAAUACUUUGAAAAGUCCUCCCUCUUUUGAGUAAAAAGAUAAGUGUAUGUCUGACUUGGGGCUCCUUAAGAUCUGGAAGGGAGAGAGCAGAGUUGGGGGGCUGCGUGCCAGCUCCUAUCUUACUGAUAGUGACUCAGAAGCCAUGUUGGGUUCUGACUGGGCGAACACCAUUUUAAAAGAGCCUUUCCAAGUGGAGGAAAGGCUUUGGAGUGUGUUUUCUAGGGGGAAGGUGCAGGGUGGGGAGGGAACCUGUUUGGUCUGUAGUUUUGGGGGACAGUUUUGUGAUGGCAUGUCAGAUUAGAUAGAGGUCACUGCAGACCUGGCAGAAAUGAGCAC